CACUAAUAUGUACAGUGAUCUCCUUAAUCACUUCUGUAAGGUUAAGUUAAAAUGGAAAUUGGGGAAUAGUUGUAGGAGACUCGUCUUGACUAGCCAUUGUACAUCUGUACAGAGGAAAAUGGAAAUUGGGGAAUAGUUGCAGGAGAAAGAAUAUAAGAACAAAUAUGUAUGUAAGGUUAAGUUAAAAGUUGGCAUAGAAUGGCAGCAAUCUCUGCUGUGGAUGGGGGGCAAAGUUCCCACCCAAUUCAAUGAUGCAGAAAAGACAUGUCUUGUGAGAUUUGGUUGGGAAGGAAGAAGAGAAAACUGACCUCAUGAAUUGAAAGCAAGUCCAAAUUGAAAACUCUUAUGAACACAUCUGAAAUUGCAAUCCCAGGACAGAUAGACUUCAUGGAUUAAAAGAAGCAAAGCAACCAUAUGGAAACUACCAGCCAGCUACACUACUAUACAAAGAAACCCUACCCUUCCCUUCCCUUCCAUGUUCCUGCUGCUGGCAUUGUUGCAUCCACAUCAAAACAGUACAGGCUGGGGCUCUCAUCUUAAAGAGCUAAAAUACAACCCCGGGCCUUGUAUAAUUUCUUUCUCCUUCUACUUAAAUCUAACCAUUAAAAGAAACCUGCGGUUCAACUAUCCAACUCCCUCAUUUCCUUGAACUAUUUGAUCCAAUAAUAAACGACCUAAAACCUUGUCCAUCUGCGAAUCCCAUUGGCAAUAAACACGAGAUUUACCGGGCACAAUACUUCCCUGUCGCUUCAUUCCUACAGCAAUAAGAACAAACAGGCAUAUCACUUCAGCAGGCCACUCAAACAAAUGAACCCUGAAACAUACUCUUCUAAGUUCCAAUUCUUUAAAGACUUCAACCUAAUGGCUCAGAGUUUAAUUGCAUUCAAGUUAGAAGCAAGCUUUUUUAAACAUAAAUAGCUACUACACUCGGUCAACUUAGCAGCAAAAAGGGGGAACUUAAGAUAAUAUUACUGCUGCCUGAUGCUGGUUUGAUCAUGAAGCUUUUCUAGACUACUAUGGUGGGCCUAGCUAUAGAACUCAUGCAACUCCCUUCUCAAAAUGAUCAAACCAGCAUAGACUGAUGGAUAUGCAAUCUAGCAAGAAGUAAAGGUGGGAUAUGUCCUGCAGACUACCAAAUUGAAGCUGGCAUAACUACUGCAAAGAAACGAGCUUUUCACUAAUGUAAAUUCAACAAACGUUGAACUCAACCAAAAAUUACCAGAGGCGGCGAGGGGAUCCACAACCACAAGCUCUUCUAUCUGUGCUCCGCCGCGCAACCGAAGCAGCCGCAACUGAGACGUAGUGAAGGAUGCCGUCACGACUGACUGAGACGAGGGGAGAGUUGCGACGGCGUGGGCGAGCGGCCGCCGGAGACGGGGAGUCGAAGGCAAGCAGAUGAGACCAAUGGAGAGGGAGAGAGAAAGAGUAGGAAAGGCAAGAGUGGAAGGAUAGGAGUUUGAGUUAGGGUUUCGAUUUGGACGAUUAGAUUGUUGAGGACUACAACUGUCAUUUUUCCAGCAGCAUACAGAACAGAAGGCUUAAUUAUUCAAAAUAAAAAAAUAAAAAUACAGAAGGCUUAAUACGGAAAGAUUUUAAAACAUUCCAAGCUUCGCGCGAAUGUUUUAUUUCUCUUCCUGUAUUUUCUCCCCCUUUUCUUCUCCGCCGAUCUCCCUCCCGGCCGCCGCCCAAAUCUCCCCGUCGCCGUCUGGUUGGCAGCUCACAUCAUCGACCAACUGUCCUCCGUCGCUCUCAAUUCAGGACCAUUGCGGUCCUUCACCCGACUCCAAGGUCUACCCGGUGGACACCGACGACGAGGAAGGCGCCGGAGGUCCAGCAGCCGGCGGAGUCUGAACCGAGGUUCCUGUUUGUUGUUCCCGAAAAGUGAGGAUUUGAGUACCGAGAAGAAGUAAUGGAUGUUGGAUUACAUUGUAUGUUCCUUUUAAUUUGGGUACCAGCCUAACUAUAUAUUCUGAAUCUGUAAGUGAACGAUGUAAGUUCCCAGUUUCAUUAAAUAAAAAUCGACCGACUGGUUUCCCUCUUCCUUUGCAAUUUCUUCAAUCAUGCUCCCAACAGACACUGUUACCUUGAACAUGAAAACUAAAGAGUGGUGGAUGGAGGGGCUUUUCUGCUGAUGUUUUCAUCUUCCAUUUGGUCAAACCCCUAAGGUUUUAAGGUAAUGUUUUUCUUCAUUCUGGAAAGUAGGGCUGGGAAACGGUGCGGUCUGGUCCAGACCAGACCAUAUAUACGGUCUACGGUCCAGACCGAGAGGCUAAAGUAUAGACCACAGACCAGACCACGGACUAUACGGUCUGGUCCAGACCACGCCUGUGCGGUCUGGUUCGGUCUGGUCUGGUCCAGAUAGACCACACUCAACGAAAAACGAAUAACUUGUUUAGUCAACCACACAAAAAAUUGAACCAAUAACCAAGAAAAAUAAUUGUUAUUUGUCUUAAAACAUUAAUCCUAACAUGCAUGAAUAAUUUUGAUUCUCUAAAUCUUAGUACAUAAAAAAGAUACAAAGUAAAAGCAUCCCAACUUGCACCAUAAUGUCAUAAACAUUAACAUAAUGUCGUAUGGAGACACGAUUAUCUCUACUCUGUGGUUAAAUGUGGUUAUGAAUGAAGGAGGGAAUAGAUUCACAAAAUUAAGGUUGAGACUUGGGUGUCGUUGUGGGAGUUUGGAGAGUGGUUGAAUGGGCUGUUAACACGUAUUGACAAGUCAGUUGGGUCUACGGUUUGGUCCGGUAAACCGCGGUCUAGACCAGACCAGACCAGACCAAGAGAUCAAAUCAUAAAAUAAUACAGACCAUGGACCAGACCAGACCAUACUUCAUGGUCUACGGUCCGGACCAAACUGUGCGGUACGGUUUGGACCACGGUUUUUCUAACGGUCUGGUCUAUUUUCCCAGCCCUACUGGAAAGAUGGGUUCCUUCUAUUGUUUACUCAUUCAUCUUGGUUCUAGAAAACAAGGUCACUAGUAAUAUGAAAGGAGGACAAUGGAAAGCGAAAGAUGGAGUCUUUUUUACUAUUUAGUUUCUUCCCAAGUUGAAAUUUAGUAGCUAAAUUGGGUUUUAUAUGUGACACCUAGUGAGAACCAGCUUGUUUGGUUGAUUCAAUCCUCAUGUGGUCGCUGUUUAUGAACAACUUCAUUCUAUAUGUCAAAACUUUAGGAGGGAUCUGCAGUAUUUCAUUACUAAUAAUGGAGAACGAGUUGGGUCAAUUCCAGGUUCUGGCAACCGAAAUGACCUUACAGCUUUAAACUUCAGCUGCAUUGUUGACUGAGCUUAGGAGACUGACGCUCAUGUCCAAGGAGACACUGAUUCCGGCGGUAUGCUAAAGUUGUUACCCCACAUCUCUGAACAAGAAUCACAUAUCGACUUCAAAAAGUAUUAAUCUUCAACAAGUCAUAGGCCUUUUAUAUUAGCUUUCCAUUCUCCUUUGCUUUCUGAAUUGUAUGAUUAUACAGUCGAUUGGCCACCUCAUGCUUCCUUUCUUUUGUAUGCAGUGCGUGUUUAUUCCAUACUAUCCAGAGGUUGUUCUUUACGGCAUGUCUCAGCUUCCGAAGAAGAACGAGGAUAUAAUAUCAAAUAAUGGAAGUUCAAGAUGAUAAGGUAUGGGCAAGAUCUGUGAUGGAGGCGAAUUCAUCCAUGACAAGAGCAUAUGUGCUUUGGGCCCUUGUUACACUUCUAAACCAAAAUGCAGUAGUGGGAAGGAUGAGAAGCUGUCAAGAAAUGUUGCUGUAUCAAGAAGUUACCAGCAACCAGAGUCACUAGUUUGUCCCAUUGGCUUGGCUGAGACAACUCAAUGAUAGUCGUUAUAGUUAUAUGCUUACGGAUUAGUUGAGCAAUUCAUGAUUUUGAGGCUAAACAAUGUGAUGAGUCUGGAGAAUAGGUCACGGCUUGGUGGGAGCAACGAGCUCGAGUGUUUGGAUGGAGCAGCAGUGGCACAGAACCGUGAUUUUAUUUUGCAGAGUUACUGAUAGGUGAAAUGAUAAACAGAGAUGUGUUAUGUUGGGCCGGUUCCAAUGUAUAGAAACACACUGUAACGCCUCGGACUGAGUUCUACCUUUCUGUCUAGCUCUUUUGAAGACAACUCAUGUCCUCUGUAACUCAGUAGAGUUUUUUAAUAUGAUAAAACCACAAGCAAGUUCGCAAAUCACACUUACAGCUUAUAGUUUUAAGUUGCCAAAUGAUAUGUAUUCCAUUCCCACUGCUAGAAUCAGCAACAAGAGAUCCUUCGUACUUCUCGUUUUUUUUCUGGUAAUUGUCGUAAUCUUUAUUUAGCUCUUGCUUGUUAAACCAAGUCUUUCGAAAAACUACAUCUGUCCAAAGACAGCACAGCAACUACAAAGUUUCACUCUAAUUCUACUCAACUACACAACUAAGUUUCAACUAACAUAGCCAAACUACAUCCAACACUCUACUACCAGCUAACUUGGAAUCAAACUCAAGUAGUUUACAGAAUACACAGGGCUGCUUGUUAAUACUAGACUGAAAUUAGGGUUGCCAUGACUGUAGUAAGCCACCUCUUGCUUGAUCUGCAUAAGUAGUUCAGUACUACUUCUUACUGCUGUAAAUACUCGAUUGCAUCGAUCUUCCCAUACAAGUGCCACAUACCAGCACCACAAACUAACUGUCAGCUUAUGUCCUUCCUUGACUAAUCUACAGAGUUCCUGAAUCAUAUCCAUCCACUGUUGAGGCCAUAUUACAUCUGGAAAUAGAUCAGCUAGCACUAUAGUUAAAUAAGCACUUCUCGGCUUUUACUUCGCCAUAGUUCCUCAUUACCUGCAAGCCAACGAACUACGUUAAUCAGCCAGGCAUGAAUCAUCUUCUCGGCGACUUCUCCAUUAUGCCUUGCAACAAAUUCACACAGUUACACUUGUACAAUUAUAUCAUGUAUAAGAAGUAGGGGCAUAAUAGAUGAACAAGUGAAAGAGAAGCUCACCAAACUUCUUCCUAUGAAACAUGCUGAUCAAAAGGACUCUAAGGACCAUUAACAAAACAACCCUAAGGGAUUAACCUAUACACUCAGUGCUCUGUACUUCGGGGCCAACCCCAAUAGAAGACUAAAAAUAAAAGUAAAAAAUAAGACAACAAAAGAUAUCACCCAAGCAAAUCACAAAUAAACUGUUGAGACUGUGAUUAGUAUUUAGUACCACCAAAAUCAACUCAUGAAGCCUGAAUAUACAACUAUCAACUAAAUGACCCUUUGAGCUUCAAUGCAUGACAGCAAACCUGUUUUGAUGAAGUACCAGGAUAUUAAACCAGUCAGAAACCUCUCAACCUUCUUGAACUUCAGGACUCAUCCAUUGUACAACAAGUGGAGUCUGAAGGAUAAAUUAAGCACCUAACACUUUAUGGGUACCCUUUGACAUUUGAAAUUGAGAAGAAGCUAGUUAUACUACUGGCAGUGAUGAGAACGAGAGAGAGUGUAAACAGCUACCUUCUCACCAUUUCUUCUCCAACUUGAGGUUUCUGGGAUUCUAUACAAUAUAGGAAAUUCGAGCUCAAAACUUCCCUUUGCUGAUGAUGUUUCAUAUGCCUCCAACUACUGAGCUACAGCCUACAGGUAAGCAGGACACAUGGGGCAUAGAGGAGCAAGAACAAUGCUUCGUCACAAAGCACAGGUGGACAACCUAUUUCUUGCAUUCACUGUAAAAAAGAACAAGGCAGAGAGAUAAGCACAGGAACAAAUACAUCGACACCCAGCUGCUCGUUAAAACCAGAAACAAGGAAAAACACACACCCAUCAUCCCAUUGCAGAAUCCACGACAUGCUAUUUCGGACGCCAUAGGAAACUAAACGACCCACGAGGGUGCAUUUGGAUAGCUGAAUUUGAAAUGCAUGCAUUUGAAAUACCUAGGAUUUAAAAUUCAUUAUUUGGAUAAAUGUGUAUUUCAACUACAUGAUUUCAAAUACCAAGGAUUUAAAAUCUACUAGAAAUAAUACCCGCGGCUACGCCGCAGGACAUGGUUAGCAGAGAGCAUAAUCAGUCAAUUGGUCUUUACUUGACCUUUAAGUUCAUUGAUUUGGUCUUGCUUCUCCAAUGUUUUAAUCUUACUGUUAUUAAGGUUGUUCCUUCAUCUUCUGAUCUAAUCUCCUUAGCUGUGAUUCAAAUCCUGUGGUAGUAGGUAAAUGCUCAGGAAAAAAGCUUGGUCUAAGCAUAAGACUAUGAUUCGAUGCGCGUAUUAAAAAAAGCACAUUGAUUAAUAAUUUUGGUCAACAAAACACUAUCAUAUUCUUAACAAAAUAAUGACUAACAACUAAUGAAUACCUUUGUAAACUACCUUCUUAGUGAUAAACAAUACAACACUGCCCUAACGAACAUUGGAUGAUAAGCUGAGGAAUGGAAAUUCAUAAGCACCGCAGAUGAGUUUCAUGGACAGGAAAUUCAGUUCAAAUGAUGCAUUAAACUUGAUGGUGUGAUUUAAGCAAAGUAACUUUAGGCUGCACACCACCUGUUACUACUAAACACUAAAUAGCAAACCUAUACAACAUAGUUCUAUAAAUGUACUGUGAAUCC